GUUCCCCGCUGGGAGCGCAUGCGAAGGGGAGGGAUGAGCGGGAGGCGGCGGCGACUGCCACUCGAGGGGGCUUCGCCUGCGCCCCUGCCGGGAAAAGCCGCCAAGAAGCGCGUGAAGCGGGAGCUCCGCGUGGAGUUCUCUGCCGCCGUGAGGGAGCGAGCCUUGAAGGAGAAAGUGGCCGCGGCUUGGGCCCGCCAGGAGCCGCUUGAGCACGAGGCUGUCACUCUGGAUCCUGCUCCUUUCCCCCACUGUGUCAUCCCAGGUUUUAUCCCCAACGAGGACUUCCUGGAAGAGCUGCGGAAGGAGCUCCUGAGCCUGGAUUUCCAUGAAAAGUGCAAUGAUCUGUACAAGUUCAAACAGUCAGAUGACCUAAAGAAGAGAGGAGAGUCCCACAUUGCGGCAUUAAGAAAAGUUCUUUUUGAAGAAUUCCGGUCUUGGCUUUCUGAUGUGAUCCAGGUAGAGCUGGAACCAACCAUUGAUCUGUCUUGUGCUAAAUAUGAAUAUACAGAUACCCUGCUGUGCCACGAUGAUGAGUUGGAGGGGCGGCGAAUCGCGUUUAUCCUUUAUCUUGUACCCCCCUGGGAUAAGCAUGAUGGGGGCACUUUGGAUCUCUUCUGUACAGAUGAUCAUUUCCAGCCUUUGCAGAUUGUCAAGUCUUUGGUCCCUUCUUGGAACUCGCUCAUUUUCUUUGAAGUAUCGCCAGUCUCCUUCCACCAGGUGUCUGAAGUUGUUUCCAAAGAGAAGUGCCGCUUGUCUGUGAGCGGCUGGUUUCAUGGCCCCUCGGUUGCAAGACCAGCACGUCACAUUGAGCCACGGAUUCCACGAGCACCCCACAUCCCUCGUGAUCAUGAGAUCUUGUAUGACUGGAUCAAUCCGGUUUAUCUGGACAUGGAUUCCCAAGCACAGAUCCAGGAAGAAUUUGAGGAUCGGUCUGAGAUCUUGCUGAAAGACUUUCUCAAGAGAGACAAGUAUCAGCUGGUUUGCAAAGCUCUGGAGAUGGAAGGACUCUGUUGGAGCAGCAGAGGGCCCCCGAACAAAAGACAUUACGAGAAAGCAGAUGAGAAGAGCUUGCCGGCCCCUUUGAAAGAGUGCUUUGAGCUCUUUUGCUCAGAGGCCUUAUUCCUGCUCCUUUCCAACUUCACGGGCCUGAAGCUGCAUUUUCUAGCCCCAGGGGCAGAAGAAGAGGAAGGAGGAGGAGGAGAGUCUUCUGAAAGCUCCCAAGGACCGAGCAGUCAAGAGGAAACUGGCAGUAGAGACCAUGCAGAGGGGCCAGGGAGCAUUUCUGAAAAUGAGAGCAACCAAAAGAAUGGAGUUCCUCUUUGUGCUGGAGAACUGAGACGCUGGAGAAAAGGUUGCUAUACUUUGGUUCACGAUGCCCAAACAACAGAGUUUGCACUUGACCUGCUGCUCUUCUGUGGUUGUGAAGACUGGGAUGUCGAAUCUGGAGGCUUCACUUCAUACAUUGCAAAAGGUGAAGAUGAAGAGCUGCUGACGGUUAAUCCAGAGGCCAAUUGCUUGGCUUUAGUUUACAGAGAUCGAGAGACACUGAAGUUUGUGAAGUACAUUAACCAACGUAGUUUGGAGCAGACACCAAUGCAACCUGAGCAAACAGGAUUCUGGGACUUCUCCUUUGUUUACUAUGAAUGAGAGAUGGUGCAAGUACAUGAUG